AGAAGCCGCUUCAUCCCGGGCUCCUUUCACAGCGUCCGGGACAACAACUGGCUGUGCGCGAGAAGAGGAGGAGGAGGACUCCGUUUGGUCCAUCCUUUCUUUCUCCGCUUCUCACAGUUCAGUUGCUACGCGCAGACUACACUACACACUCAUAUGUAGUAAAUAAAGAAGACGACUACGUGUUGUUUGGCUCGUAACGUGACCGUUUCCCCCGUUUUCUACAAGGAUGAUAGAGUCCUGCUGACACCACGGAGAGGUACACGCUCAGACCGGGAAUGGCUGUGGACGCGGCGUCCAGCUUCAGUUUCUGCCGUGCGUCUCUGGAGCACACAGUGUCUGCUGAAGAGCUGAGCUACCAACUGCCGCGCCGCAACGGAGGAAGUAACCUCACAUGGCAUGAUGGGCGUGGCCAGAAGGGGGCGCACACACGCACUGUCAAACUGCUGCAACAGCCGGGGACAGAGGGCAUCCAGCUGCGCCCGGGUGAAGCCUUUGCCGUGUACCACACUAGCCCCACGCUCUCCUCUCUGUCCAAACCGGUGGUGCUGUGGACGCAACAAGACGUGUGCAAGUGGCUCAAGAAACACUGUCCCCACAACUACCUGACCUAUGUAGAAGCUUUCUCUCACCACGCCAUCACAGGGCGAGCGUUGCUUCGGUUAAAUGGCGAGAAGUUGGAAAGAAUGGGGAUAGUUCAGGAGACCCUCAGACAGGAAGUCCUACAACAAGUCCUACAACUGCAAGUGCGAGAAGAAGUCCGCAACCUCCAGCUCCUUAGCAGAACUUCUUUUGGAAACUUCUCGUAGCUGUGCUUGGCAGCCCUGUCCUCAUCCACAUCACAACAUAGAUCUGUGGGAGCCUGAAGACACUGCUGUCCCAAAACAGGAGCAAGAGACUGGACCAGGGUUAGGAUCACACCAACCAGUCCAGAGGAUUCUCAUUCACCUCAGACAAGACUCUUCAGACCCAGAGGCUGUAAUAGGCCAAUAUGCUCAAUAUCAACUAUAGCUAAUUCCUUUGUCAACUUUUGUUUGUUUUUGUCUGGUUGUCUUAAAUACAAAUAUCUAUAGUAAAUACAUUCUCCAGUGCAGUCACAUUCACACAGUAUCAUUUCUCAAAUGUGUAAGAAGUCAACACAAAACUAUUUUUGACAAUAAAUUUCAAAUACAGACUGGUAUUUCCUGGAUAUUUACAGUGCUAAUUAGUGGGUAAUUCCUGAACCAAUAAUUACUGCUUAGAAAGUAGCCUAUAGAUCAGUGAUAUUAUAUUAAGUGUUGUUUUUGUAAAAAAAAUUCAACUAUCGUUAACCUGGAUGCAGUAGACUUUGAAUGGUUUUAUCAGACUAAUUAAAAACCAAUAACCCAAUAUACACUGUAAAUCUGUAAAGACAGUAACUGUAGCUUUUAGGGAGAUAUUCCAAAUGAAUGACAAUACUUGUAGCAAUAGUUCUUAAGUAAAAGGUUAAACUUGGUAUUUUAUAUUCUACUCUAUGGUAGAAUGGGUUAGUGACAUACAUGGAAGCACAGUGCUAUGUUCAAUCAAAUUAGUCAAUUAAUGCAUGUAAUUUAUAACAAAACAUGCAGCUUUAAUAUUUUUCUAUUUUUUAUGUUUAGCCUAAAUUGGACUUUCAGGGGAUACCUCUGAUCCAAGACACAGCAUACCUGUAGAAGUAGAAAUACAUCAUAAAAACAUAUAACAGCACAUUUCACCCUGUAGUUGCUGAAAAUCUGCGGAGCCUCAGAAUACAUUGCAUAUAGCACAUUGUAUUUGGAAAGGGUACAUAUACGUUUAUUCAAACAAAUGCAGCCUCUGCUGUAUUUUUAUGUCUUUCUGUCCCCUGUGACACACUGUGAUUUCAAAUGCGUGGAUCCACAAAGCAUGACAGCUCCAGAGACAGAAUCAGCACAGACAGGAUGUUUGAUGUAACUGUAGGCAGCAGACAGCUCUGUGAGGGCCAUUAGGACACAAAAAUAUAAAUAAGCAACUAAACUUCCCUUUUGUCAUGAUUUAUUUGAAGUACUGUGAGUAAAGACUUUUACCUGGGAGAAAAGUCACUGUACUGUUUUGGAUUACUUGAUGUUUUUGUAUAUUUGACAAAAGUAUCUGGUGAGUGUUGGAUUGUUUAAAAUAAUGGAAAUGUUUAAAAUAAUGGACAAUGUGAAUUAAUGUUUUCUUUGUACAUAUUAAAAUGUAUGAAAAA